AUGCAGUUCCUCACCGCCUCCGCCGCGUGCGCCGCCUCCUCCUCCUCCGCGCCGCCGCUCCCGCGCUCCGCCCACCUGCUCCGCGUCUCGAGGCCCCCUCCCUUCCCGCACCUCCGCCGCCGCCGCGCCCCCCACCUACCCUCCCCAUCGCUCUCCCUAGCCCCCAGACCCCCGCUCCUCCUCGCCUCGCGUCGCUCCAUUCUCUUCGCCCCCCGCGCCCACGGCGACCACCACCACAACCAUAACCACGGCCACAGCCACGGCCACGGCCACCAUGGACACGGCCACGGCCACGACGGGGCGGAGGUGCACGGGGGAGGCGGGGGCGCGGCGGUCAUGCGGAUGGCCAGGGCGAUCGGGUGGGCCGACGUCGCCGACGCGCUGCGGGAGCACCUGCAGGUCUGCUGCAUCUCCCUCGGCCUCCUCCUCAUGGCCGCCGUCUGCCCGCACGUCGCGCCGCUGAGCGCAGUCGGGCGUCUCCCGGCCGCGCUCAUCGCCGUCGCGUUUCCUCUUGUCGGGGUUUCUGCAGCGCUUGAUGCUCUUGUAGACAUUGCUGAUGGGAAAAUAAAUAUCCAUGUCCUCAUGGCUCUUGCUGCAUUUGCCUCCAUAUUUAUGGGGAACUCGUUGGAGGGUGGUCUGCUUCUUGCAAUGUUUAAUUUAGCUCAUAUCGCCGAAGAGUACUUCACAAGCAAGUCAAUGUAUGAUGUGAGGGAGCUUAAGGAAAAUCAUCCAGAAUUUGCAUUGUUGUUAGAAACAAGAGGAGACGAAUCUGUACAUUUUUCAAAUCUCAGUUACACCAAAGUUCCUGUGCAUGACCUUGAAGUGGAUUCUCAUAUUUUGGUCAGAGCUGGUGAGGCUGUGCCUGUUGAUGGAGAAGUUUACCAAGGAUCAUCUACGAUCACUAUAGAACACCUCACUGGUGAAACAAAACCUGUUGAAAGGACGGUGGGGGAUGCUAUACCAGGUGGAGCUAGGAACUUGGAAGGAAUGAUGAUUGUGAAGGUGACCAAGUCAUGGGAGGAUUCAACACUUAACAGAAUUGUCCAGUUGACUGAAGAGGGCCAGCUAAACAAGCCAAAGUUGCAAAGAUGGCUAGAUGAGUUUGGAGAGCACUAUAGCAAAGUUGUCGUGGCCCUGUCUUUGGCUGUCGCACUAUUGGGACCAUUCCUCUUUAAGUGGCCCUUUUUCGGUAACUCAGUUUGUAGGGGCUCAAUUUACCGUGGACUAGGACUUAUGGUGGCUGCAUCUCCUUGUGCACUGGCUGUAGCCCCAUUAGCAUAUGCUACUGCCAUCAGUUCUCUUGCAAGUAAGGGAAUUUUGUUGAAAGGUGGGCAUGUCUUGGAUGCUCUUUCUUCUUGUCAGUCUAUUGCUUUUGACAAGACUGGCACGUUAACAACUGGGAAGCUUAUGUGCAAAGCAAUCGAGCCCAUUCAUGGACAUUUGGAUGUGAGUCAUGGUGUUAAUGAUCCUUCUUGCUGUACACCAAACUGUGAAAGUGAAGCUCUAGCUGUUGCUGCAGCUAUGGAGAAAGGAACAACACAUCCUAUUGGAAGGGCAGUUUUAAAUCACUCUGUCGGGAGAGAUCUCCCUGUGGUUGCUGUAGAGAGUUUUGAGAGUUUACCUGGUAGAGGAGUUGUUGCUACUUUGAGCGGCAUAAAGGCAAAAAACAGUGAAAAUGAGCUCGCUAAGGCAUCUAUUGGUUCCGUCGAGUAUAUUUCUUCUCUAUAUAGAUCUAACGGUGAAUCCGAGCAAAUAAAACAGGCAGUAAAGUGUUCCGCAUUUGGGCCUGAAUUUGUGCAAGCUGCUCUGUCAGUAGAUAAAAAGGUAACCCUUUUCCACUUUGAGGAUGAACCCCGUUCUGGUGUCUGUGAAGUUAUAUAUACCUUAAGAGAAAAGGCUAAACUUCGAAUCAUGAUGCUUACUGGAGAUCACAAAUCAAGUGCUAUGAGAGUUGCUAAAGCUGUAUGUAUUGACGAAGUUCACUUCUCUUUAAAGCCGGAGGACAAGUUGAACAAAGUAAAAGCAGUUUCAAGGGAGGGAGGUGGAGGCUUAAUAAUGGUUGGUGAUGGUAUAAAUGAUGCACCAGCUCUUGCAGCUGCAACAGUCGGUAUUGUUCUAGCACAACGCGCCAGUGCGACAGCGGUAGCUGUUGCAGAUAUUCUGUUGUUGCAGGAUAAUCUCUGUGUGGUGCCAUUUUGUAUCGCUAAAGCUCGUCAAACAACUUCAUUGGUCAAGCAAAGUGUAGCUCUUGCCUUAACUUGUAUUGUUUUUGCUGCACUUCCUUCUGUCCUAGGAUUUCUUCCUCUUUGGUUGACGGUACUUCUCCAUGAAGGAGGAACCCUUCUAGUUUGCUUGAACUCAAUACGAGCUCUCAACCACCCAACAUGGUCUUUGGGUGAUGACUUCCGUCAACUUGUUGAUGGCCUAAAAAACUCUAUCUUGGCAAAGCUGAAUAGCUCCUCAAAAUUCCCAGCCAACACCGUUCCUUUGUAGAUAUGUAUAGCAACAGUUAUCUUUGCCUUUUCAUGAACCGUUGGUCGUUUAGGUGACUGGUGACUGGUUCUGACCUAAUGUUUAUAGGCUGUACUUGUAGCACCACCUUGUAAAGAAAAACUUGCCUUGGGUCAUGUUGUGUUCAAAUAUUGCUGAGCAUCCUGUAAUUACACUGUUAGUUGAGGCUUUUUGUUCCACUGCAUCGGGGGAUGAUUCAUGGGUCAGUUUUCUGGAGUUGAUGAAGGCCAAGGCAAAUCUGUGCUGGGUCUGAACUGAAGAUCAUUGUCUCUUGUGACACCAAUAUUCAGAUGAGUUUUUCAGCAUGUUGAAGCUUGAUACCUGGAACUCCAAGCUCCUAAAUAAUUUGUUAGGUUAUCUUUAACUGGUAAUUUACUUACCAAGUGUUAAGUGUACUGGCAACGCCACAGCCGUGUAAUGCUCAGUUCGUAAUAUACACACUGUAGCGCACUCUUCUCAUUCCA